UUUGUUCACAGUGAAACAUUCACCUGCUGUCAGAGCACUACAGAAAGCAGUUUAGUGGCAUCCAGGCAAAGUGACAUCCAAGGGGGAGCCCCAACACAGCAAGUCCUUUCUUUUAUUGCAUCCUCUGGAAUUACUAGGAGAUUGGAUUAAAGGCACACGGUGCGAAACUACGGGCAAGUUAAAACGCUGAUGCAGCGAUGAGUCAGUCAGGAUCUACUGGAAGCAAGCAUGGAUCCUCCAAUGGAGGAACAGGAAAAAUGAGUGCAAAGGACUUGUUUGAACAGAGGAAAAAAUAUUCCAACUCAAAUGUCAUCAUGCACGAAACAUCUCAGUAUAACGUAGAGCAUCUGGCUACAUUUUUGAUGGAUAAAAGUGAUGCUCUGGGCACAGUGGAUGACGCCAUCAAACGGUUGAUGCAACUAGAAUCCAAGGAUAAAAUAUGGGCCCAGGAAAUGGUUCUCCAGGUUAUAAGCAAUUCUAUCAGCCUUCUGGACUCUGCCACACAGGAAGAGUUGGAGAACUUCCCACUGUCCAUUGUCCAUCACUGCCAGAGUAUACAAGGCCCACAUCGCUAUCCAAAUGUACUCCUACUAGUAUGUCAGGAGCCGGAUCAGAACAAGCCUGACAUUCACUUCUUUAACUGUGAAAUGGAGGCUGAUAUGGUCCAUGCUGAUAUUGAAAGUGCCCUUGCUGACAUAAAACAUGGGAACAAAAUGAGACCACAGACACUCAAGGUUAACCAAGAGCGAAUCAAGCAAAGAGACUCAAUCCUUCCACCCUCCACUGCCCCCAAACCAGCCUACAGAGAUAACAAAAACCGUGUGAUGUCACCAGCUGCAGCCAAUGAGAUUGAAUUUGAUCGAAGAAGUAACAUCUCCCAGGAGCAAGAGGAAUCCAGGGAAGCUCUAGCAAGAAAAAUUGAAAAAGAAACACAAUGCUUAAACUGCACAUUGGAUGACAUAGAAUUAUUUGUGGCAAAACUCCAAAAAGCAGCUGAAGCUUUCAAGCAGCUGAAUGCAAGGAAGAAGGGCAAAAAGAAUAAAAAGAAAGGGCCGGCAGAGGGGGUCCUGACAUUACGGUCUCGGCCACCCAAUGAGCUGGAAUUCAUCGACUGCUAUCAGAAGAUCAAGCUGGCUAUAAACCUCUUGGCAAAGUUGAAAAAACAUAUCCAGAAUCCUAGUGCUGCAGAGCUUAUCCAUUUUCUCUUUGGGCCACUGGACCUGAUAAUUCAGAGCUCGGGAGGUCCAGAUUUGGGAAGAUCAAUCACCUGUCCUCUCCUUUCAAAAGAUGCUACAAAUUUUCUGAGGGGGCAUCUCACCCCAAAAGAAAUGCAGACGUGGGAAGUUCUGGGAGAACGAUGGACCAAAUCAAGGGCAGAAUGGCCAAGAGAGCCUCUGAUUCCUCAGUACAUUCCAAAAUUUAACAGUGGUUGGAUACCUCCUCCAGACAUCUUCCUGGGAGCUCCUUGGGAACUGGACUUAGGACAUCCACCAGAGCCCUUUAAACUCAAGGUCCAAGAAGAGCCACCCAAACCAGUAGAAAACCAUGGACCUAGAAAUCCACCCAAACCAGUAGAAAACCAUGGACCUAGAAAUGCUUCUCCUCCAAGUGCAAAUCCUUAUAGGACUCCAUCUUUCAGACAGCAACCUUCACCAAUUCAGCCUGAAAUGAAGCCAGAAUACAACCCAGGCUCUAAAAUUACCAAUUAUGAAGCACCACUGCCUGCACAGCCACAGAAAUGCGCCAAAAUUCGUUAUGACUUCACUGCCAGAAAUGCCAACGAAUUGUCAGUAAUGAAAGAUGAAAUACUGGAGAUUCUGGAAGAUAACAAACAGUGGUGGAAGCUGAGAAACACCAUCGGACAGGAAGGCUAUGUCCCAUAUAACAUUCUCGAUGUAGUAUCAACAGAAGAAAGCCAGAUAGAUGGACCAUAUGGCAAUAGUGGAAGCAAAUACCGAGAAGGAAAUCCAAGAAGUCCCGUUAGCCCUGUAUUCAAGCUUCCAAGUAGUUAUGCUGGAGAUAAAUGGGGAAGUGAGAUGACUGGAUGGUCAACUAGUCAGAACACCAAAGAAAAGUUAAUUCACCACAUGGAUGAAGUGAAUGACGAACUCUUAAAGAAAAUCACAAGUAAUCAACCACCUAAACGGAAUUUUGUAACACAAAAAGCUCAGCAAGUACAUGUUCCAUUAACUUUCCAGUCUGACCCAGAGGAAGUGAAAACCUGGCUGGAAGCUAAGGGUUUUAGCAAACCGACAGCAAACCAACUGGGCAUUUUAAAUGGGGCACAGAUUUUCUCUCUAAACAAAGAUGAGUUAAGGAAGGUAUGUGGAGAAGAGGGUGGAAGAGUAUACAGUCAGCUGCUUGUGCAAAAGUCACAGUUAGAGAUAAGUCAGGGUGGGAAUGAACUCAGCGAAAUCAUGAAAAGGCGUCAAGAGAAGAUAGAAGGCGAUAACUAACAGAAUGUCUCCUCCAAGACGCUCUCUAUCUUAUGCAACGAUCCACAUAGCCUUGCAGAAUCACUCGCUGCUGUGUAUGCCUUGGGCUGCAAAAGGAUUUUGGAUGUACCUUUGUAAAUUGUUAAAGCAAGGGACAAGAAUUAUGGACCUCCACAGUAUAUAUAUAUUUAUAUAUAAAUGUAUACAUAUAAAUAUGCAGCAAGUUCUUUCCUUCCCCCUAGUGGACCAUGUGGUGCAUUGCAGAGUAUUUUCAACCAUUGUUGCCUCUAAACAUUUAACAUGCCUGCAGCACACAGCAAAGCCAGCACACGACAUCUGCAUGUAUGUAUAGAUAUAUAUAUAUAUAGUAUUCACAUAUUUAUGUUUGUAUAUCUCAUGGAUUCUACCGUUUUUAUUUUCUCUACACUUUGUUUCCUUUCUUUGCUGCCUACGAGGCCUGCUGUUCUUAUAGCAGUUAAAAGGUGAAAAGGGGUAUGAGCUAUAAGUAUUGCAUGAAAGUAUUAUUUUUAUAUGUAUAUUCCUUUAUUUUAUAAACUGAUUUUGUGCAAAGACAUCUGGAGCCAGGCAGAGCCUUGCCAAGAGUCUGUGUCGGGCAAAUGAAAACAUCUCAGCAAUUGAUUGUUUGGCAGUGAAGGGGUUAUCCUACUUACAGACCAAUAUGAUAUAAUUUUGCAGAUGGCCUUGGGAUUGAACAAUGUGGACCCCGUGUGCUUCUGCUUGGUCUGUAAUAGCCGUGCUCGCAAUACAGAAAAACGCUUCACCACAAAUUAUUACAGUUCAUUAUAAAUAUAAUGAUUUAUUUGGAUGAUAAGGGACACCUAAAAUGAAACGCCUUUUUUCCCCCUCUGCGCUGCUUCACUUUAAUAUGCAGCUUUAUGGCUGUCUGUUAACACUGACAUAAAUGGCACAUAUUUAAAUUAAUCACACAUAGUGAAAUAUGUUUGUACAAUAAGAACAAUUUUAAAGGUCUGCAUGACAGUUGGGUUAAGUUUGUGUUGAGUUGACCACACUUGAAACGAGAUCGUCACA